AUGUCGGGUGCACCGUCCCAGAGCGCAUCACCUGCGCCGAGCAACACGCUCCUUCUCCGCCGGCAGCUCAUGGAGCUCACGAAGCAUCCUGUAGAGGGCUUUUCCGCUGGUCUUGUGGACGAGAGCAACUUUUACGAGUGGGAAGUGUUGAUUAUCGGCCCGCCCGACACCCUCUAUGAGGGUGGAUUCCUGAAAGCGCGUUUAACCUUCCCGCCCGAAUUCCCUCUGCUGCCGCCCACAAUGCGCUUCCUGACUGAGAUGUGGCAUCCGAACAUCUACCCCGACGGCCGCGUCUGCAUCUCAAUCCUGCACGCACCCGGAGACGACCAGUACGGCUACGAAGACGCCGGCGAGCGCUGGCUGCCCGUACACUCGAUCGAGAGUAUAUUGAUGUCGGUCAUCAGCCUGUUGAGCAGCGAUAAGCCGAAUUGCGACUCGCCGGCGAACGUGGACGCGGCGAAGGAGGUCAGGGAGAACUUGGCGGCGUAUAAGAAGAAGGUGCGGAGGUUGGUGAGGAAGAGUGCUGAGGAGGCGUUCGAUUAG